GUGCCGGGAAGGCUGUGUUGGCCUCCUGUCCUCCCGGAGUUUUACCAGCCCCCGUGCGAGUCGCAGGCGCACGCUGCAGAAAUGGCGGGCAGUGCCGGGGAAUGGUGCCUGAUGGAGAGUGAUCCCGGAGUGUUCACAGAGCUAAUCAAGGGUUUCGGGUGCAAAGGUGUUCAGGUAGAAGAAAUAUGGAGCCUAGAACCAGAACACUUUGACAAGUUAAAACCAGUUCAUGGCCUCAUCUUCCUAUUCAAGUGGCAGCCAGGAGAAGAACCAGCAGGAUCCAUUGUCCAAGAUUCAAGACUUGAGAAGAUUUUCUUUGCUAAACAGGUUAUAAAUAACGCCUGUGCCACACAAGCCAUUAUUAGUGUGUUGCUGAAUUGUAUCCAUCCAGAUAUAGAACUAGGAGAAACUCUUGGAGAAUUUAAAGAAUUUUCACAAAGCUUUGAUGCUGCUAUGAAAGGCUUGGCACUGAGCAACUCAGAAGUCAUUCGACAAGUUCACAAUGGUUUUGCCAGGCAGCAGAUGUUUGAGUUUGAUGCUAAGACUGCAGGAAAGGAAGAAGAUGCAUUCCAUUUUGUCAGUUACUUUCCCGUCCAUGGAAGAUUAUAUGAAUUAGAUGGAUUAAGAGAAGGACCGAUUGACUUGGGGGCCUGCAAUCAAGAUGACUGGGUCAGUGCAGUGCGACCAGUCAUAGAGAAGCGAAUACAAAAGUACAGUGAGGGAGAGAUAAGAUUUAAUCUUAUGGCAAUUGUGUCAGACAGGAAGAUGAUAUAUGAAAGAAAGAUUAAAGACCUACAGAGACAGCUGUCAGAGGAAGAACCCAUGGAUACAGAUCAGAGUAACAGUGUCAUAAACUCAAUUCAGUCAGAAGUCGCUAAAUAUCAGAUGCUGAUUGAAGAGGAAAAUCAGAAAUUAAAACGCUAUAAGAUUGAAAAUGUCAGAAGAAAGCACAAUUAUCUGCCCUUUAUCAUGGAACUUUUGAAGACAUUGGCAGAGCACCAGCAGUUAAUACCACUUGUAGAAAAGGCUAAAGAAAAACAGAAUGCCAAGAAAGCUCAAGAAGCCAAGUGAAACUUCCCUGCGUUAACUUUGUGACCAUUUGCUGCUGAUAAUUCUGUUUUAAGAAGUAGAAUCUGACCUAUAACCAGUGGACUUUUCGUAUAGUUAAUGAGUGCAAAGCACUCUCAUUUGUAAUUAUAUGUCUCGUACAAGACUGUUAAAUGUUCUCCAUUUGCAUCACGUGCAUGCACUAUGUACCAUGUUUAAUACAGAAGAGGUUUUUAAAAUAUAUCUUUUUCUGUCCUUAAAAGUUGUUCAAGUGCUGCAACACUGUCCAACCCUAAUUUCAAGAUUUCUCUGUCUUGUGUUGAGUACUGACAUUGUCUAGGUGCAUGACAAGAUAAAUGCUAAAUAAAAAUUAUUUUCAAGA